AUGGCAUCCAAAAUGGAAUCUGCCUUUGACGAGGAGAUUGAGGCGCUUAGAAUAAGUUUUGGAGGGAAUUUGAAGCUAACUGCGCACAGCAGUGGCGAUACAAUCGUUACCCUCGACUACUACCCCUAUCCUAACCCAUCUGAAACCGUGGAUAAGACCCAGUGCAUAAAGUAUGAAAUUACAGUGUCAAAAGAUUAUCUUAAUGGCAAGCCGAGGGCCGAUUUUGUGGCCAAACUCAACAUACUUAACUCUGAUUUUACAACCGCGGACUUGGACAAACUUGCCAAACAGUUUUAUAUCAAAUCAUCCAUAGCAAAUAACUCUGACAAGCCCAUUUGCAACGCCAUAGAACAUACCAACCAGGCAGUCAAAUUACUCAUGGACAGCAAGACGACACAGUCGGACAGUACUGACACUAAGGCCAAUAUGAAGGGCGAUUGGACCAUAGCUGAGCAAAAACUAUUGGAGGGUGCCUUAGAACGUAGAAAUACAAAGAAGAAUUUGGAUUGGGAAGUUAUCGCGGAAGAAGUGGGAUCGAGGAGCGCCAAUGAAUGCGUAGCCAGGUUCAAAUAUUGCCUGGAAAAAGUAAGAUCUCAAUCGGUUCCUAAGCCCGUACCAGAUUCCACUAUAAACAAAAUUUCCGAACACGCAUAUGAUGCUGGUGGGGAUAAGUUCGAGAUCAAUUGUAUUGAUGUAACUCUUAUUGGCAUACAAUCGUAUCGACUUAACUUGCUUAGAGCCGAAGUUGUGUGUAAGCGAUGCACAACUUCAUUUAUACAAUCCCUAAAGAUUUCUGAUACAGAACCACGUGCUGGUAGCGGACACACUUGCACUCAGUGUAAAUCUAAGAGUUCCUUUUACUUAUCCCCAGAAAUUUGUUACCUGAAUAGCUCAAAAUUGGGUAGAUCAGAAUGCCUUGAUUGUGUUAUAAAGGAUGUUCUAGAGUGUGAUUACUGGAUUGUGUGUGAAAAAUGCGUUGAAACGUAUUCAAUCCAUAAUUUAUCUCAGGGCUGCAUCAAGAAGGUUGUCUGCAGGAAUUGCUUCCAAACCAUGCAUUUCGGUUACCAACAGGUAUCACUCAAUGAUGUGAUACUUGAAACAACCAAACGAAUGCCAAAGACAACAAUUUACACUGCAAAAAAGGCGAAGGAGCAAGCGCAAACAUUGAACCUAAAGAUCGGGACCCCUUUACCGCUAAAUGGCACCUGCAAACACUAUAAAAAGUCGUUUCGCUGGUUACGUUUCCCUUGCUGCGGCCAGGCCUUCGCUUGCGACGUGUGUCACGACUCUGAAACCGGACACAAAUGUGAAAUGGCAAAGCUUAUGAUUUGCGGAUUUUGCUCCACCCAGCAGGCAUUCUCGAACAAGCCUUGCCGAAUGUGCAGCAAAGCUCCGACUGGGAGCAGUUCUUCUCACUGGGAGGGUGGUAAGGGGUGCCGAAACCCAGUGAAGUUGAGCAGGAAGGACUCUAGAAAGUAUAAACUGAUGGGGAAGAAGUAG